AUGUUCCAUGAAAUUGCGACGGAAAAUAUGAUACGAAUAGACUAUUGUAAUAGGGAUAUUGCUUGUAAUGGUACCAAAGGUGAAGGAAUUUGUAAUGGUGCUGAUGGUGAAGUAGCUUGUAAUAGUGCUGAUGGUGAUGUAGCUUGUAGUGAUGCUGAAGGCAAAGAUAUUUGUAAUGGUGCUGAAGAUGGAGUAACAUGUAAUGGUGCUAAUGGUGAAGAUGCUUGUAAUGUUAAAGAUGAAGAAGCUU